AUGUGCCGGAAUAGAAGGGACGUCGUGGCCUCCGCUCCCCAUCCCCGACGCAGACCCCAACCCAGGCCCUCCCCCCGCGCCUCCGCAUCCUCCUCCGCCGCCCCCUCCUCCUCGUCAGCACCCGCCGCCUCCUCGUCAGCACCCGUCGCCACCAGCUCCGCCAGAAGUGACCUCACCGCCCUCUUCUCCACCUCCUCCUCCUCGACCUCCCUCCACGACCUCCGCCUCUCCCUCCGCGACAAGGGCCCUAUCCUAUACUCCUUCACCGAGAUCCUCGCCGCCACCAACAGCUUCCUCUCCCCUCCCCUCUCCUCCUCCUCCUCCUCCUGGCGCUGCUCCCUCCGCGGCGCCGACGCCACCGUCGUCCGCCGCCCCUUCCGCGGCGACGCCGCCGCCCUCCCCGCCCGCCUCGCCGCCCUCUGCCGCAGCAACCACACGGCCGUCGCCCGCCUCCUCGGCGCCUCCCUCGCCGGCGACCACCUCUACCUCGUCUACGAGUACGUCCCCGGUGCUACCCUCGCCGACUGCCUCAGAAACCCUAGAAACCCUAGCUUCUCCCCCCUCUCCUCCUGGCUCUCCCGCGUCCAGGUCGCCGCCGACCUGGCCCAGGGGCUCGAGUACAUCCACCACUAUUCCGCCGGCACCAGCACGCAGUCGCCCGCGCCGCCGGAGCGCAGGCGGCCCCGCGGCACCGUCCACGACCGGAUCAAGAGCUCCGCCGUCAUAGUCACCGAGCACGGCUUCCGCGCCAAGAUCUGCCACCUCGGCGCCGCGGAGCUCGCCGGGGACGUCCCGGUCGACGACGAGGAGACGGAAUCCGGGGAGAUCGCGAGCGCCUCUACUCCGCGGAGAUCGGAGACCCGGGCGACGAGGAUCGAGGGGACGAGGGGGUACAUCGCGCCGGAGUUGAUCGCUGGCGGGCGGAUCUCGCGGAGAUCCGACGUGUUCGCAUUCGGCGUCGUCCUCCUCGAGCUGCUCUCUGGGGAGGAGCCGCUCCGUUACCGGUACGACCGGGAGAGCGGGGGGUUGGAGAGGAUUUCGAUCAUCGAGACGGCGCGGAGGGCGGCGGAGGAGGAAGAGGUGGAGGAGAGGUAUAUGAGGGUGAGGGGGUGGGUGGACCGGAGGUUACGGGACUCGUUCCCGGUGGAGGCGGCGGAGAAGCUGAUCCAGGUGGCGCUGCGGUGCGUGGAGGCGGAGGCGGAGGCGGGGAGGAGGCCGGACAUGAUAUGGGUGGCGGGGAAGCUGUCGAAGCAGUUGAUCGAGGCUAAGGCGUGGGACGAGAAGGUCAGGGUUCCGGCGGAUUUCUCUGUGUCGCUUGCUCCGCGGUGA